UAUGGGUAGGCCAGGUACAGGAAGGGGAGGAGGAACUUCAGCUCGUCCUCCUGGAACCGCCUCUAGACUAGCUACAGGAAUGGCACCUGGAACUUCUCGUGGUAGCGUUCCAGCAGGAGGGGGUCUUGCUCUUAAUUCUCAACUAAAAGUUACGGACAGACCAAUGACAAAACAAGGUCUAAGUGGAAUGAAAACAUCUGCUGGAGCUCGACUGAAUCAACGACUGGUUAAGGAUAGAACAUAUUUCUUAGGUCUUUUGAGAACAAAGAUCCAAGAGCUAUCAGCAGAGACCCUUAACCUUCAGAGAGAAGCUGAAAAAACAUCCGAGAAUCAAGCAUCGUAUGUCACUUAUGAAAAGAGAGCUGAAAGUUUAGCAGCUGAAAUUAAACAGUUUCAAAGAGAAUUGGGAGAUUACAACACUUUAGUCGAUAAAUUAAAUACUGAUGAGUCAAUUAAUGAUAUUCAAAUGGAUUAUGAAGAUCUACAAAUUGCCAAUAAUCGUGAAGCAAAAGUUUUGGAUUCUUUAUUUGAACAGAAACAAAAAAAACAAGAGCAACUUUCUGGGUUACAACUUGAAUUACAACAAGAGAAAUCUAUGGCAGAACAGAUGGUAGCAGAUAUGCCCGCAGAGAUGAAAAAGAAAUAUAUGAAAGCAAAGGAAGUAAAUGAACAUAUGAACAAACAACUAAAUAUUGAUCAGAAAGAGGUUGAUCAAUUAACAUUGAAACGAAAAGAACUAGAUGAGGAAUUAGCUGCCUCACCUGUUAAACAAGAAGCCGUAAAAUUAUAUGAACAACUUCACGAGCUUGAAGAAAAGCGAGAUCACUUAAUAUCAGAGGCUAACAAUACCCUCUCACCUCAGGAGGAAAGAGAGAAAUUACUUCUUAAGGUGAAAGAGGAUAAUCAGGAGAUAGCGUCAAUGGAUAGGCAAAAGGCGGAAAUAAAAGAUCGUCUAGCAAAUAUACAUACAGAAUUGCAGCAAAUAGAUAUGGAUUUAGAAGAUAGCCAGGGAGAGAAGAAUCAAAAGUACAAAGAGCUAAAGAAAAGAGAAGAAACUAUGGACGAAUUUCUCAAUACAUUUGAAGAUGCUAAAAAACAAGAAAUUGAAAAAACUGGCACUGUUGAGAGCACGAUUGUUCAAUUGCUAAAUUCAAUUUCAGGCGACUUGCAAGCAUAUGCUCAUCUUCCAAGUGCCAAUGAAUUUGGAGCCAUGAAGAGUGAUCUCGAUUUGAAACAAGGAGAAAUGGAAAAAUCAAAAACAACAGCUGAUAAUUUAAUGCAAGUAAGUCAAAGUUUGCAAACUGAUUUGGAAAAUGUUGAAACGCUGGAGAGAAAGGUUACAAGCGAACUGGUAUCUUUAAAAGAGAGAAUUUCAUCUAUGGCAGAUGAAUUAAUUACAUUCAAGGAUUUAGAUCGUCUUAAACGAGAAGCGGAAGAAAGAAAAGAUAAACUACAAGAGGAUAAAAUAAGUUUACACAAAAGACGGGAAGCACUGAAAAUACUGUUGACAUCAGUAUCACAACAAUAUGACAUGUCUAAAUCGGCUAUGAAUGAAAAUGAAACUCAUAUGCAAUUAAUAAAUUUGGAAAGAAAAUGGCAGCACUUAGAACAAAACAAUUUCGUUAUGAAAGAGUUUAUUGCGAGCAAAUCGAGUGAAACUGACGCUAGACCUAUUCUACGUAGAGUAAACGGUAUGAUGAAGAAUUAUAAUAAUCACUUGCUGGAAAGUCUCGGAGGGAAAAGUCAAGGAAUGUAA